UCUCCACUGCCUACUCCAGGUUUAAAGUAAAUCGGGAAGCCCAAUGCAUGGGACCGGUUCCUUGGCCAUGAGUAAACCUAAGGUUGCAGUACGGGAUUGUUUGGCCCGGCAAGCACCGGAAGAGAGUGAAGCACCGUUGGCAAUUUGAUUUCAUUUAGAUGCUUUAGAUCGUGUCAAUUUAGCUCCAUCUCCAUGGCUAUUGAGCAGGGGAUGUUUGAAACCCUGCAAGGGCGUAGAUAUGUUUGCUUUGAUUAUCCAAAUCCUUGUAAUGAAGAUGUGGAUGUGAGGGUUGCAGUACUUGAUUCUCCUUCUACCAUUAGCGCUGAAAGUGAGAGUGUUGUAACGGCGGCAAUGCUCGUUCCCAGAGGACGGGAAAAUGAUUGGAUCUUUUCUACGGAGUCUGGACAUAACCAACUUUUAUCUAGUGUCCGCGCAUCUCGUUUAAUUGUCAUAGCCAGGACCCCUUCUGCUUCUUCUUCUCCAUUGGUGAGGAAAGGGAAAGAUGAAGACGAAGAAUUGAAAAAAGGUAUGAUUCCUUUGCUUUUAGCAUUAUCACCCAGGGCUGCUUUUCGAGGCGGUCUUCCUGCAGUGCCUUUUCUUUGUUAUACGGACAAUAUAGUUGAGCAUAAGAUACUGGAGACAUUAUCUAGUCCUAUAACAGGGAUGAUGGUUGUUGAGGAUGUGCGACUCCAAGUGGGGGAGACAGCAAGGGAGUGGAGGCGCAGGCUACGCUUUCAGCGGAUGCCGAAUUUGGUUCAAACAGAGGUUGCUCUGAUCCAUUGCCACGGGAAGAAUUUAAAUGUGGAUGCGGGGCGCUUGGUUCAUCCCUACCUGCCUCCCAUUGUCGCAGGUCUGGCCUUGCUCCCAGAGUGUUGCACUGUAAGAAUGAGAGUGCUGUGUAUUGGGGUGGGAGGAGGCGCUCUGCUUAUGUUUCUACGUUCACAUUUCAGUUUCCAUAUGGAUAUUGUGGGUGUGGAGAUGGAUCAAGUUGUUUUGAUAGCUGCUAAAAAAUACUUUGGCCUUGCGGAGACCGAGGCUGAGGGCCUACGUUUACGCCUUGGUGAUGGCCUGCAAGUUGUCCAGACCAUUGCCCGCCAAGUUGUUUCCAAUCAUCCUCAUUUCGUGCCGCCUGAGAUAGCUCAAGCCUGGCACCACUUCUUCCCUAGCCCUAACCCCAACCCUGAAACUAAAGUCUAUGGCGUUUUUCAUGAUUCAAUUGGCGAUGAUUUAACCGACCCACGCCAGCAUGUAAUUAUAGUUGAUGUGGAUGCAGGUGAUGCUGCUGCUGGAGGGCUGAGUGCUCCCCCAUUGGAAUUUAUUGAAAAGCGUUUCCUGUUGGCAGCACGAAUUGCGUUGCAUCCAAAUGGAAUUUUAGCCAUGAAUAUCAUUGACCAACACCAAAGUUUCUACAAUCAUUUGCUGACUGCCUUACGAGAAGUCUUCCACGACAUAUAUUGCAUUCAAGUGAGCAAUAGCAAUGCUCACAAUUACGUGUUAUUUGCCAGUCCAUCAUGUUUACAAGGCAAAAACAAAGACAAUGCCUUUGCUAAUAAACUAAAAAAAGUUAUCCCUGUAGAGUACAUGGAAGGGAUUAAACAUGUGCGGCAGUGAAACAUGAAAAAUGUAGAUAGAAUAUCCUCAAGUUCAAGUUGUAAUAUAUUUGAUGGAUUUCCAACAAGGGCUGUUGAGGCCUCAUUUUGUGUUCAUUAAUUUUGUAUGUAGGGCGCAUCAUAGAUUUCAAGUUGAUCUAAACGGCUUGCUGGCUCUUCUACACAGUCAAGGAUGCUCAAGGUAUAUUGAUAAACGCCGCAGAAGAUUGUACCAGCUAAUAAUGGAAAUAUUAUUGUAUUGUACAAUAUCAAUCGUGAAUAAUGGAAUAACUUUUUAAUGUC